AUGGAACCUGAAUCGGGCUCGCCGUUUGCACCUAAACAUGAUGGUGAAGAGUCGGUUGUUACGGGGAAAGCGGAUUUUUUAAUUAAGAGCGAGACGAUGGACAAUUAUCUUAGCUUGUACUUAGAACCCACUAUUGGAGAUCUAAACGACGUAAAGACAGAGAUUGAACUGAACGAAAAUCAUAACUUUGUAGAAUCGGUCAUAUUAAAUAAUACAAAUUUUGAUGACAUUAACUACAGUCUCUUCCACAAUUUUGUUGGAACUUCCCUCUCCACCCCCAGUUCUGACGCUUUUUUUUAUUGCACCUUUUUCUCGCCUCCCAGUUUUUUUAUUGCACCUUUUUCUCACCUCCUAUGUGAACUAAAAAAUGAGAACUCUUUUGAAAAAAAAUUUCCCUAUGGCAUAAUUUCAUGCGUCCCUAAAGGACGACUUGUCUUGCUCGUCCAUCCCCCACCGAAUAGAAAAAGAGGCUCGGUCUGCUGUUUGGGAGUACGCAUCACAGGACGUAGUAAGGGGUCCUACGAAUUUGCAGACAUUCGCAUUUUUCCGAACGCUGAAAAUGAACAACUGGUGGAUUUACCAGUUGAAGACUUACCCCAUUUGGUAUUAGAAAGAGAGGAAUGCCUAAAUGACAGUGAAAAUAAAGAACUUGGAGAUGUGUACGAAAUUUAUCAAAAUGGGCACAUUAACGACCCUUGCGACGUUGCUCAACUUGCCACUCAAAAAAAAAAUGACAUCAGAGAAAUGACUUACAACGAAUGUGCUAUAACUAGUGAUUUCUUCGAGACUAUCGAAAAUAUAAACACAAAGGUUGUAGAAAAAUACAAUGAUUUAAAGGGGGCGUCUGAAGGUUUAAUAAGUCUCAUAAGCAAGUCUGACCUUGAGGAGAGGAUAAACAUUUUGCUAAAUUUAAGCGAUAGAAAUUCAGAUCUCAUAGAUGAGUUCAAGAAAAAAAGUGAAGAAUGUAUUCGCCAGUGCCGUAAAUUUGAAACGACAUCUGAAAAUCUAGUUGGUGAGUGCAUCGAUACCCUCGCAAAUAGCAGUAUGUGCUAUGCUGAAUGGGUCUACUUACAUGCUAGUAAGGUAGACCCUGUGGAUAUGGUCCUAAAGAAUAUGCGGGAUUUCAUUCUUACAAAUCAGUAA